AGCACUUAGCGGUGGCUCGCGAAGUGCCCCGAAUCCCCGCCUCUGUCGGCACGCCCUCCGGCCCGGACAGGGGGCGGGGCCGGGGACGCCGCGGCCGGCGCGAUGAGACAGCCGGCGGUGCAGCUGGUAUGGCUGAAUCGGAUGCGGUACGCCGAGCUACUGGCGCUGCAGGAGCGCUGGCUGCGGCAGCUGCAGGCCAAGCCAGGCACCGCGGCCCUAUCCGGAACGGAGGCGGGGGCGCUCCUGCUCUGCGAGCCUGCGGGGCCCGUGUACACGGCCGGGCUGCGCGGCGGCCUGACGCCCGAGGAGGCGGCGCGGCUGCGGGCCCUAGGCGCCGAGGUGCGGUCCACAGGCCGCGGUGGCCUAGCUACCUUCCACGGCCCGGGCCAGCUGCUCUGCCACCCGGUGCUCGACCUGCGGCGCCUGGGCCUGCGCCUGCGCACCUACGUGGCGGCGCUGGAGGCGUGCGCGGUGCGCCUCUGCGAGGCUCUUGCCAUUGCCCUGUGCUGCCUGCAGAGGCAGGAGAAAGGUGAAAACAAAGUGAGAACAAGAAGAGUUCUAAGGGUCAAGCUGACAGGUCAAGCUGAUGAGAUCACGGAAACCCAGAGACAGGCUCCUGAAUAG